GGCAACUUGGCCAACAGCUCUAGGAAUCUCGUGCUGUCAUCGGUCGAGCUUGUUAUCAUCCACCCGCUACGGCGUGCAUGGCCGUGGCGGCGUCUGUUUGCCCGAUCUGCCUUGACGAACCCCACGACGAGGCGUUUCUCGAGCCCUGCUUCCACAGCUUCUGCUUCGCGUGCGUCGUGCGAUGGCUCGAGUCCUGCACCCGCCACGCCAUCGUCCCCCCGCACCUCCGAGACCAGCAGCAGCAGCAGCAGCAGGAACGGCAACAACAACAACCGCCCGAUGUUUAUCAGGCCGACGCUCGUGUUGCCGCGUCGCCAGAUUCAGAUCGGACGGCUCUCAUAGUAUAUGCUGACGUCACAGCUGCUGAAGCGGGAGGUGACGCGUCGUGGCAUUAUGACGUCAGCAAUGAGCGACCUCGGAGACCUGCUGUGUGUCCUGUCUGCAAGACCCCUCCUCUCUCCAUCGUCCAUCACGUCAAUCUGGCUGCUGCCGACUUCGACCAGCUGCCCAUUCUCCCCACACCUGCUUCUCCAGGGGGUGCCCGUGAUGCUGCUGCAGGGGCUGCUGCCACGGGUGAUGCUGAGGAACGACGUGGCACGGACGUCUACGGGAACAGCGUGUUUGUCCCCUCUCAAGAGCAUUGCAAACGGAGGCGCCUCUACACCAAACAACCACCAUCAUCAUCCCCACCACUGCUGCCAGCAACACCUGAGGACGCACCUGGGGCAGCACUGGAGGCAGCACCUGGUGCAGCGAGCGCCAGAGUCAAUGCAGGGGAUGGGUCCAAUGGCUGGCGGCAGCAGCGGGGGCAGCACAAGGGAGCCAAGGGUGGCGGGGGGGGGGGGGUGGGUCGAGUGGCAGGAGUGGUGGUGAAGGGCGGGUGGCAGUGAGUGAGCCGACAGAGAGUGUGGUGCGGGCAUGGAUGACCCUUGAGCUGCAGGCACUCAUGAAGGUACAGGAUGUGAGUCUAGUGGUGGAUCAUCUGCUGGCAGUCUUCCAGCACCCACCUGCCAUGCAACCUCUACCAACACAACCGCUCACAACACAACUGUCUGCUGCACCGCCCCAUGCGCCCACACCCACGCCUGUACCACCACCACCUUCUACUUCCCGAAUCACAGCCUCAAGCUGCCUGGCUUUGAGACCCCUUCCAGCCACCACCAGGAUCACCAGGGCCACUGGUGGCUCUCCAAGCCCCUCCUGUUCUGCCCCCCGAUCUGCAGCGCACCCAGCUCUCACCCCCCAACCCCCGGUCAUCGCCCGGCCCCAAGUGGUAGUGCACCUGUCUGCGCUGGCAGAGGCUGCUCGCCCCUUCCUGUUCGACCGUGCCUUUGCCUUCGCCGUCCGGCUCUUCUCCUUCGCCCGACCCCAAGCUGCUGCUGCUGCUGGGGGGUUGCAACACGUGGCAGGGGCAGAGGGAGAAUCAAGGGGGACAGGAAAUCUCAAUGCGAUAGUAGAACGAGAAGGAGGUGCAGGAAAGAGAGGAUCAGCAAGUGUAGAUUUGGAAAGGAAGGUGGAAAAUUCUCUGAAAGGAGAUGCCGUAGAGGGUCUUGGAAGUAUCAAGCAGCAAGCAGGUGGAGGACGACGGGGACAAGGAGUGGAGCAAGACUGGGAAGAGAGAGGGGAGCAUGAGGGAGGAGAGGGGCAAGAAGGGCGGGGGGCAGGCGCCCGGGGAAGCAGCAGAUGGAGGGAGCAGAGCAAAGUGGGAAAAGAGAGGUGGCAGAGGGUAGUGGUGGAAGUGAGAUCAUCUGACGAUGUCUAUGGGGAGUUUGAGGGCACUGAGGAUGAUGAUGAUGAUGGUGAUGAUGGGGGCGAUGACGCAAUGAACUAGAUUGCGCCAUACAGGGAGGUUUUGUGCUAUGGUGCUGUACCCUCUAUGAGCUACACCUAUGUAGCCUAUAACAUAUACCUACAAAUAUAUGUUGACACACCCCCUAGGCUAGACAAGGGGCAGUGCCUGGCAAGAGACUCGCAACUCAGGGUGGCACUACUAGUCC